AUGGAUGAACAGGAUAUCUAUGCCAAUGUCGAGGGACCAUCAGGAACUCACGUCAAGUGGAGGAGAGUGAAGAGUUCAGAAAAUAUUUAUCAAAAUGAAGACACAUGUUGCUCUGUGGAGACCGACAGAACUGGGCCUGCGCUGUCAGCUCUUCAGGAAAGCAACACAGUAAGAAACUGUUCCUACAGAGCCUCCACAGUUUUUCUGGGUGUGCUGUGUCUCCUCCUGCUGGUUGGACUCAUAACUGUGUUUGUUUUAUACAAUGAGAGAAGCUCAAAGUGUGAAAUGAAGAGGAUCCAGUUAAAGACCAGCUACAAAAACCUGACUAAAGAAAAAGACCAGUUACAGACCAGUUACAACAACCUGACUAAAGAAAAAGACCAGUUUCAUAAACAAAUAGAAGAAAUUACCACAGAACUUCAAAGAAUGCUUGAGGCUCUACAUUCUCAGGAAUGGAAGUAUUUUAGUCAUAGUUUAUAUUACUUUUCAUCAACAAUGAAAUCCUGGCAAGAAAGUAGAAACGACUGCCUGCAGAAAGAGUCGGACCUGGUGAUUAUCAACAGUCCUGAGGAGCAGGAAUUCAUAAGAAGUUGGAAAAAACGAGCCUGGAUCGGACUGACGGACGCUGAGACAGAGGGGACAUGGAAGUGGGUGGACGGGACUCUGCUGGGGAGCCAGAGGUAUUGGGUAAAAUCUGAACCAAACAAUGAAGGAAAUGAAGACUGUGGAGAAAUAAGAAAAUUUGAUUCACAAAACAGCUGGAAUGAUGUAAUGUGUAACCUUAAAAACCACUGGAUCUGUGAAACAAAACUCAGCAGCCAUUUAAAACUCACCGGACAAAAAUAAAGGAUGUUUUGUGUUUUGUGCACAAAUGUGCACUGUAUUAUUUCUUAGAAAGACAUAAUUGGACAUUACUAUACAUUAUAGUCAAUGUUUGAGAGAUGUCAUGAACUCUUUACAGUACAUAUAGUAUUAUUGCAGUAUGGGUGGGAAGUCUAUAAUAAUAAUCUAAUUUGCAUACUGUUGUGUUAAUAAGUUAUUGCUGUUGAGUUUUGCGUCACUUCCUUGUAGUGCAAUGACAAUAAAGUUUAAACUAAUCAAAUAAAAUCUGUCACUA